AUGGCUUCCACCGAUUACAAGUUCCAGGGCUGGGUUGCCCACGACUCCAACUCCAUCGGCAACUUGAAGCAUGAGGAGUACGAGCCGAAGAACUGGUCUGAGGACGACGUCGACAUCAAGAUCCAGUACUGUGGUAUCUGCGGUUCUGACAUUCACACUCUUCGCUCUGGUUGGGGUCCUACCAAGUACCCUCAGGUCGUUGGACACGAGAUCGUUGGUAUUGCCGUCCGUGUUGGUAAGAAUGUAAAGAACGUCAAGGUUGGAGACCGCAUCGGUGUCGGUGCUCAGUCCAGCUCUUGCCUUUCUUGCUCCCCUUGCAAGACCCACUCCGAGCCUUACUGUGAGAAGGGUAUGGUCGGUACCUACAACGGUGUUUACCCCGAUGGAUCCAAGUCUACCGGUGGUUACGCCGACUACGCCCGUGUCCCCUCUCACUUCUGUAUCCCCAUUCCUGAGGGUCUCGAGUCCGAGGUCGCUGCUCCCAUGAUGUGUGCCGGUGUUACCGUCUACUCUCCCAUGAAGGAUGCUGAGGUUGGUCCCGGUAAGAAGGUCGGCGUCAUCGGUAUCGGUGGUCUCGGUCACUUUGGUAUCCUAUUUGCCAAGGCUAUGGGUGCUGAGGUUACUGCUAUCUCCCGUUCACGCAGAAAGGAGGAGGACGCUCGCAAGAUGGGUGUUACCGACUUCAUUGCCACCGGUGAGGAGAACUGGCAGAAGGGCCACACCAAGGAGUUUGAUGUCUUGCUCUGCACCGUCUCCGAGGCUGACAUGCCCUUCGGUGACUACUUGAGUUUGCUCAAGCUCAGGGGUACCUUUAUCGUCGUCGGUCUCCCCGAGGAGGGUGUUACCCUCCGUCCUGGUGCUUUGAUCAGGAACAAUGCCAAGAUCGUCGGAUCUCUCAUCGGUUCUCCCCAGACCAUCCGCGAGAUGCUUGAGCUUGCGGCCAAGUCCGGCGUCAAGUCCUGGGUCCAGAAGUACGACCUCGAGAACGUCAACCAGGCCGUCAAGGAUAUGGAGGACGGUAAGGCCACUUACCGCAUCGUCUUGGAGAACAAGAAGAACUUGUAA